UACACGGACACAUGUACAAGCCGGAUGCAUUUAAGGGACGGACCACAACAGGAAAUGGUGUAUGAAAAUGAGCCAUGGUGUUGACGGUAGUUUGUUUUAUCGUAUGUCAAGUGAAAACCGGGUCUGAUGCAGAGCUAUUAAAUCCAAAGAUGUGGAGGAAAGGCUCGUCUGAGAGCUCCGACCGGUUUGAGUAUCUACAAACUCUGGUGACGGAGUUCCAGGACACCGACAGUGAAGAGGCAAAGGAGCAAGUGCUGGCUAACCUGGCCAACUUUGCGUACGACCCGCAGAACAUGGAGUAUCUGAGAGAGCUGCAGGUGCCCGACCUCUUCCUGGACAUGCUCACCGAGGAGAAUGACAACUUUGUGGAGUUCGGGAUGGGGGGGCUGUGUAACCUUAGCAUGGACCCUGAAUGCCGAGACCUCAUCCUGCGGAGCAGCGGGAUCAGCUUGGUCACUAAUUGUCUGUCGAGCCAGAGGGAGGAGACUGUCCUGUCGGCCAUCACCACUCUAAUGAACCUCACGACGCCCUCGUCCCGCUCUGAGAUCACUGGUCCGGCCAUCCUGCAGUGCAUGCUGCGUUUCUCCCUCUCAGAGAGCCCCCGCCUGCGCAACCUGGCCGCCGUGUUUCUGCAGGACCGCUGCACCGAGGGGCAGGUGGCCCGAGCGGAGCAGCAGAUGCAGGGACAGCAGACUGCAGUCGGCAUCCCGCUGCCCAAAGACUAAGUUACAGCUGGCGUAUGUGGGAGUUUAAAAUAUAAGUGUACAGGUUUGCUCUCUCUUUUACUCUUAAUGACAUUUUGAACAUGUUUAGAUGCUAAAAACACGUGUAAAACUUGCCCUGUUGAAGCCUGUUGGGUGCCAACGCCAGCAGGAGGAUAACACGGUGUAGGCAGCCCCGAUUGGUUCAUUUUUCUCUCUACUGACAGCACUACAAAUUUACAAAUAAUCACGUUAUCAUGUUGGAAUCGACCGGUAGUCUCCUUUUAUAUUUAAAUGUCGUCUUUCUGACCACAAGAGGGAGACUGGAUAGCUUUUGUUGAAGUGAAGGGCUGUUUGGUGAGAGACUAAUACAGUUGAUUGUUAAUGGAACAAACAACGUGAACUAUUUAAUUUAGUUGACUUCCAAUCUGUUGUGUUCAAAGUGUAUAGAGAGAAGUAACCCCAUCUAUCAUGUAAAUUAGGCUUAAUGCCAGUGUUUACUGUACUGUAUAUCCUUAAUGUACAUUCCUUUGGGUUGAAGUGAUUUCCUAAGACCUGGGCCGAUGCUGGAGCACCUCGAAGCCAACUGGUCGACUCUUGGCUCUCUGUAAGAAUACCAUAAAUCCCAAACCCAAAAAUAUGUAAAAUAAACCUUGAGGUUAAUUCUGAAGAGC